AUGCGCCGAUUGCUUAAAUCAAGAAAAACAGUACAUUCAAAUGAAAAUCACGAUAUAGGAAAUCCUCCACAGAAAUCGGCAUAUUUUCGUCAGAAGCCAUUAUCACAUGUUGUGUCGACUCCAUUGACUCCAGUGCCCGAGUCAAGUUUUAAUGCUCGUAUCGUAAGAAUUCGUUUAGUUUUCAUUCGAAUCGGAGAAAUCGAUACAUUAAAUGAAAAAUAUCAAGCAGAUAUUUAUUAUGAAGCAAGAUGGAUUGAAUUAAUGAAUGUUAGUCUAUUAAAUUUAACUACUAAACAACAAGGGCAAUUAUUAAACGGAAAUGUUACAGUACGAUUAAAUGAUUUUAAUCGAACUAUUCAUUGGACACCGGAACUAUUUGUUGAAAAUGCAAUCGGACAAAUUGGCGAACAAGAUACAUGGUUUACAAUAAAGAAACAUGUACCAUCUCAUGUCGAAUCUUCAUCACCAUUACUUGUUCGACUUGAAAUAUGUGAACAUCGACGAAUUCGAGGAGUUUUUUGGGAAAAAUUAGAAUUAAAUCAUGUAUUGAUUUUAUUUCCUGCUGAUGUUCAAGAUUUAACAAUUUCAAUAUCAACUAUUCAUUAUCUUGAAAAUUGUUUACUUGUUCCAGACGAUCAACUUCGUUCGAGUAUAAAUCGCGAAGCUUUCUAUGAUCAACAAGAAUGGAAACUCUAUGCACAUGUCGCAACUGAAUUACGCCAAACAAAAGAAGAAUACUCAUUCGAAGAUGAAGACAGUGGAGUUGUACAAAAGAAACAUCCUGUUCUAGCAUUUACUUGUCGCGCAGGUUUAUAUCGAAAUAAUCUUGAUAUCAAUCUGUCAACCAAAGUAAAUUUAUUUUUAUUGCUCUUUUUCAAAGCUCGCCGCCCCAACUAUUAUUAUUGGAAUGGGUUUUGCCUGAUUUUUCUUAUUAAUGUCUGUGCAUUUUGUAUAUUUUCAAUUCCUCCCGAUUUACCCCAGAAUCGUCUUCAAAUAACAUCAACUCUUGUUCUGACAUCGGUAACAUUUCGUUGGGUUGUUAAUCGAUCACUGCCAACAGUAUCUUAUCUAACAGCACUCGAUAGAUAUGCUAUUCUAUCAAUUAUAUUACUAGUUCUACUUUGCGGAUGGCAUGCUAUUAUAGCGCUAUUUAUUUUUCUUAGUUUAAAAAAAUCAGCAACAACACGCAGUGGUAUUGAUCCAGACGAUAUUCAUGUUCAUAUAGAUCGAUACGUCGGGCUUAGUGUAUUAUCGAUAUAUAUUAUUUCGAAUAUAGCACUUAUUAUUUGGUUUAUAUGUGUUCCUUAUAAACGGCGACGAGAAAUGGAAUAUCUCGAUCGUGAAUAUGCAUCUAAGAAACAUAUUCAAUUACAAUCAAAUCGAACACGUUUCGAUUCAAUAAUUAGCCAAGCGCCAGAUUUAACUUUUCGUCGUGGCUCAUUAAUAAAUGGAGCUUUACCGAUGAUAAAAUCACCUGAACGACCCAUUAAACAUACUGAUAAUGUGACAAUAAUCUCGAAUGAUGCAACGUUUCUACCUAUUCAAGAAGAAGGACAUGAAAAUGCAACACAACCUAUAAACACAAUCGAAUUUCACGAACCCGAUGAAGUUUUGUUUGAUCACACAAAUAAAUAG